GAUGAUGAUUCGGAUGAUGACGAUGAUGACAAUGAUAACAAUGAUGAUGACUCGGAUGAUGAUGAUGAUCAUGAUCAUUCGCAGGACGAUGAUGAUGAUUCGGAUGAUGAUGAUGAUUCGGAUGAUGAUGAUGAUUCGGAUGAUGAUAAUGAUGAUGCUGACU